AUGGCGGCCCGAGGCGCCCUGCCUGUGCCCCAAGCCCUGCGUCGCAGGCGGGUGAGAGGUCGGCCCCUCGGCCUUCUCCGCGGCUCCGGGCCCUGCCCGGGGACCUUCGACGUGCCCCGCCGGCCGUUCCUGGAGCCAGGCCGUGGGACGCCACGGAGAGCGUUCGGCAGCUACGGGAUCCGCGCGCGGUCCCGACCUGUGCCCGGACCGCGGCUCAACCAGGUCGCGCCCACUGGCUCUGAGGGCGGGGGCGCAGUGGAGCCCCCGGCAGUGUCGCGGCGCGCUGGCCCCACGUCGCGCCUGCUGAGCCCCGCCAGCCCCGCGCCCGCCGGCCAGCGCAUGGCCCCGACGUCGCUCGGCAUGAACCCUGUUGGGCUCAGGACGUGCAGCAGGGACCGUGCGGGGUCCGGCCCGUUGCCCUUCAGCGUCAAGUCGCUGCUGCAGGCAGAGCACUGGCUGGGCGCGGAGCCCGCGGAGCCCCGGGAGGAGAGGCCGCGGGGCGCCGCGGAACCCCGGGCCUGGGUCCCGGCGGCCGCCCCCUUGUCCUCCCCACGCGCCCCCAGCCCUCCACCCUGCACCCUCAGGAAACACAAGAACAACCGCAAGCCGCGGACGCCCUUCACCACCGCGCAGCUGCUGGCGCUGGAGGGCAAGUUCCGCCAGAAGCAGUACCUGUCCAUCGCGGAGCGCGCCGAGUUCUCCAGCAGCCUGAGCCUCUCCGAGACGCAGGUCAAGAUCUGGUUUCAGAACCGCCGGGCCAAGGCCAAGCGACUGCAGGAGGCCGAGCUGGAGAAGCUGAAGCUGGCGGCCAAGCCGCUGCUGCCCUCGUUCGCCCUGCCCUUCCCGCUGGGCGUCCACCUUCACGGCUCCCCGGCCGUGUACGGCAGCGCGGCGGGCUCCCUGCCGCAGGUGCCGGGACUCCUCGCCGCGCCCGUGGCCGCCUACGGCAUGUAUUACCUGUCCUAGGGCUGCAAGGCCGUGGGCCCUGGGGGCCCGCUGGGGAGGAAGGGCACGCGCGCAGGGGGUGUAGGGGGCGGGGUGUUGUCUUCCGCCACCGGGGCCACCCCUUCCCAGGGCCGGAGACGGGUCCCCGCGGGCGAGCGGCGCCCCGGCCGGUUCCUUGCUCCUGGUGCGCAGCGGGCGUCUCGGGGUUCUCUUCUUGUCUCGUUUUUCAGGUUUUUGUUUUUGUUGUUGUUAAUACUGUGUUAAACUGGAUGCCGCAAGACUAUCUGUGGGUAUCUUACGGUUAUUUUAAAAAAAUGUUUUUAUAAAGUUAUGUUAGUGCAAACUUUCCUGAAAGACAGUGAACAUAGUUUUAUAUUGUCCUCGAAAUGGACAAAAUAGGACUUUCCAAUGUAUACAAAGCAGCCAAUAAAGUAUUCUGAGGUUUC